GGCCCAAGAGGUCUAGACGGUCCUCUAGGAGAACCAGGAACACAAGGCAUUAAGGGUUUGCUUGGGCCUCCCGGAACCACAGGAGACAGGGGACCAAUGGGAGAAACAGGUCCAAGAGGACAGCUGGGGGAUGCUGGCCUUAUUGGAGAAAUGGGUUUUGAGGGACCUCCUGGCCCUGAAGGAGAACCUGGCCUACAGGGAGAACCAGGUGCAAAGGGAGACACUGGACCUGCUGGGAAGGCUGGAGAACCAGGCAACCAAGGUCUAAGGGGUGAACCAGGACCUCCAGGAGAAGACGGUAUUCAAGGAAAAGAUGGCACAAAGGGAGACCCUGGAGAUCAGGGACUUCUUGGAGAAGCUGGUGAAAAAGGAGAGAUGGGGUUACCAGGAAUUGCUGGACCCCCUGGUGAACCUGGGGGGGAAAAGGGGCAGCUUGGCCCUCCUGGAGAAAUUGGACCUGCUGGUGACUCUGGCCAAUCUGGUGAAAUUGGUCCUAAAGGUGCAAGAGGAACUCGAGGUCCCUUGGGACAUGUAGGAGGAAUGGGACCUGAAGGAGAGUCAGGAAUUCCAGGUUAUGGGGGUCACCAGGGUCCUCCAGGACCCCCAGGGCCCCCAGGACUCAAAGGAGAAAAGGGUUACCCAGGUGAAGACAAUACAGUUCUUGGACCACCUGGGCCCAUAGGUGAACCAGGGCCUAGUGGUGAACGUGGAGAUAGAGGAGAACCUGGUCAUGAGGGCUACAAGGGUCAUAUAGGUCUUCCAGGGCUUAGAGGACCUAUUGGACAACAGGGGCCUCCAGGAGAGCCAGGUGAAUUGGGAGAGCAAGGACCAAAAGGAGAAAGAGGUUCGGAAGGACCCACAGGGAAGAAAGGAGCAACGGGUCAGGCAGGCAAACCUGGAAUUCGUGGAAAACCAGGCCCAGCAGGGCAGAAAGGAGCAGUUGGGUACACUGGACCAGAAGGCGUUCCUGGCAACCCUGGCAAGCCUGGGCUGUCAGGGAAGCCUGGCCCUAAGGGUAAUAAAGGAAACUCGGGCUUACCAGGUCUCGCAGGUUAUCCUGGAGCUCGAGGUCCCAAGGGAUUGCCAGGCAUGCCAGGGCCCAUAGGAGCACCCGGACUAAAGGGUGAGAAAGGGCUUCUGGGUCAUCCAGGAAAGCGAGGCAAAAGAGGCCUUCCAGGAUCACAAGGUGACCAAGGACGAGCAGGAGAUGCUGGACUGAAAGGACAAACUGGAGAAGAUGGAGAUCAAGGUUUGAUGGGGUUUCAAGGAUUCCCAGGUCCAAAAGGUCCUGCAGGGGACAUUGGCUUAGUUGGAAUUCUGGGCCCGAAAGGUCCAACAGGCCAAGUUGGAUAUAUUGGCCCUGUUGGUCAAGAAGGCCUAACAGGCCCAACUGGCAGGCCUGGUCCAAGAGGUGAAAAAGGCACAAGGGGUGAAACGGCACUGCCAUCUAUUCUUUUCCUUGUCAUUGUUCUUGCUAUUGUUUAUGUUACAGCAGCUCCUAGAGGCUUUGAGUAUAUAGAGAUUGAAGAAGAGAAUCUAACAGAAACACAAGGGCCUCAGGGACCUCAGGGCCAGCCAGGGCCACCUGGACGACCUGGACCACCAGGACCGAGAAAACAAGUGGACAUCCACGCCGCUGUUCAAGCUUUGAUUGAGUCAAAUGCCGCACUGCAGAUGGAGAAAUACCAGAAUACUGAAGUAACUUUACUAGAUCACAGUACAGAGAUAUUCAAAACGCUGCACUACCUUAGCAACUUACUGCACAGCAUCAAGAACCCUCUUGGCACACGGGGUAACCCAGCUCGCAUCUGCAGGGAUUUGCUUAACUGUGAACGUAAAGUGGCAGAUGGAAAAUACUGGAUUGACCCAAAUAUUGGAUGUCCUUCUGAUGCCAUUGAAGUUUUCUGCAACUUCACUGCAGGUGGUCAGACAUGCUUAACACCGCUGUCUGUGACAAAGCUGGAGUUCGGCGUUGGAAAAGUGCAGAUGAACUUCCUUCAUUUACUGAGCUCAGAAGCAACCCAUAGCAUCACAGUUCAUUGUCUGAACACGCCAAUGUGGAGAUUAAAUAAAGUAGGUGGCCAGAAAACAUCUGUUAGCUUCAAAGGAUGGAAUGGUCAAAUAUUUAAAGCAAAUACGCUACUUGAACCGAAGGUGCUUAUGGAUGAAUGCAUGACUGAAGAUGGCAGCUGGCAUAAGACACAGUUCUUUUUUCACACUCAGGACACUGAUCAGCUUCCAGUUGUUCAAGUUAAUGGACUUCCUCAUCUCAAACCAGGACAGCAGCACUUCAUAGAAAGUGGUUCAGUGUGCUUCCUUUAAGGUCUCUGUCCUGGGGUUUUUUUGCAUCAACAUGGAAUUGCUGCAUAGAUUGAAUGCAAAAGUAAUGAUCCAUUGCAGGCAAAAUUACUAGGAAACUGAAGAAUCGUUUUAAACAGUGUUGGUUAAAGAACCUCAGGAAGAA